AUGGAGGCCCUGUCAGACAAGCCCCCCGCUGCUGCUGCUGCUGCUGCUGCUGCGCCUGAGCAGCAGCAGCAGCAGCAGCAGCAAAUGCUGCAAGACUUAGUGCUGCCGCGGAAGCCGCUGCUGGAGGGGGCCCCACAGUCUCUUGCUGCGCUGCGGCGCAAAGCUCUGGCAGCAGUAAGCAGCAGGGGGGCCCCCCUGCUGGGGGCCCCCCAGCAGGUCUCCCCGAGCUUGCUAGGCCCUCCUUGCUGCUGCUGCUGCUGUUCCUGCUGCUGCUGCUGGUAG